AUGGCGCGCUGUUCACCACAUCACAACAUUGGCCAUAGCAGCGACAACGACGGAACCGAUAGCAGUGUGUCUUUCCGCCUAGACUCAGACAACGCCGUCGGUGUGGAUUCCCCGAUAGACAUCACCGAUGUCACAACUCCAACUUGCCUCUACGGCGAGUGGUGGUGUAAAGUAACGCCAGCCGUGCCCGAUACCCUGAGCAACAGUGUUCCCAGUCGAAGUCCUACUGCUUUAGCAGGCGUCGCGAAACAAAACGACAAUUCGGACACCAGCUCUAGUGAUGAUGAUUGGAGUGACAGUUACUCUGCCAAUGACUCUGACACGGACCCUGAUAUUUGGUUCUAG